GGCCGUCCUAAAAUUUAAGCACGGUAACUUGGAAUGAGCCACACACAACCUUGCUGAUUGCAGCAAGCAAUCGUGUUACUGAGGCGCUGGCGCAGUUUCUCUACUGGAAAUACGCCUAGUUGCUGCUGAAAGAUGUAUUGGUUAUUGCGGCGCAGUGGUGUUGUUGGACAACUUCUUAGGACUUAACAAGCGGCACGUGCUACCUUGUUGACUACCCCUGAGCGCCAUAUGUGGCAUAUACUACCGCGCCAGUCUCAGGCAGAACGGAGCCAUGGUUGGCUUAAAGCCUUGCACUUUGUGGCCGUCGUCAUACUUGCGUUGGGAAUUCCAUCGCCCACCAGAGGUACAACAAGCCCAAGCUGUCGCGGAUGCGAGAAGCUAUGGGAGCUGGCACGCAUAGAAAACGGAACAGAUUUUAUAGAACUCAAUCGGGCGUCAGGGCGCCUUCAUAAGGACUUGGUGCUCGUGAAGGCAAAUACCACAGCUGACCUCGCACUGGCCCAGCAAUUGUUUCGCGUUGAUACGCUCAUUAGCGCCCAAGAGGAUUCGAGCGUAGAUCUCUACUUUGGGUCUUACUCUCAGGGUCUUUUGCUGGAAGAAGGUGUGGUACUUACGCUGCAAAACCUCAUCCUCCAAAACGUCAUUGCAAUCUUCGCUAGCGACGGAAGUGGCGGCAACAUCAAUGCUACCAGUAACAACAGCAGCACCAGCACUGGCGGCACUAGCGGCUGGUCCCUGUCUCUGGACGCGUUCGAGCUGUCCCGCGGGUCACUGCUCCGGCUGGUGCGCACCGAGGUCGUACUGGCGGACUGCGGAGUGGCACGGCAGCUGUACGACGCGGCGGGGCAGCAGCAGCAGCAGCAACAGCAACAACAGGCUGGGGCGGCGGCAGCUUCAUCAAUGUUGGCCAACGUCACACAGGGCCAGGUUCCGGACGUGCGGAUUGCAUACUGGAGCUCGGCGCAGCUAGAAAUGCGGGACGUGUACGUGACUUGCAGCCAGGUUUGUGACCCCACAACUGGCGUACGAACCCUGCCGGUGGCCUCUGCGGCGUCCUUGUACGACGCGUUUGCGAUUGUGGACGAUCACCUUGACGGUUGCAGCGCCUAUGUCGUACAGCUGGCCACCAACGUGUCCCUGGCCGCCGCGCUGUCAGCUGGCCAACAACAACAGCAGCUGCAGCAGCAGUCAACAUGGCCGUCACCGCCGCCACCGUCUCCCCCGGGCAACAGCGCCUCUCGCCGGUUGAUGGCUCUGCAAGCGUCAGGAACCGGGACUUGGGGCCGUGGCGGCGCUGGGAAUGGACCCCGGCGGGGUUCCCUGUACGGCACUGCUGAUUGGCGCCGCCGGCAGCAGCAGCAGCAGCGGGGGCAUGAUGGGCUCGUACUGCCGUACGGCGGGUCCCAGCGGAGGCUGUUGGGCACAAUUGGUGCUGCUUCCGGCACAGCGGGCCCUAUGUUUGAUGUGUCGGCGAACCUCACCAUUCGCGGCUCCUCCUCCUCGGCCUCGGCCACAGUGCUGGACACCUCUCAGCUGUCCUCCCUGCUGCGGCUGCGGCCGCCCGCCAGCCUGGCAAUUGAGCAGCUCACACUCACCAACCUGGCAGUGCAGCAAACGGGGGUGCUGGCGCUGCCGCUGUACUUGGUGGAUGCGGCUUCGCGACUGGCUGCAGCAAACUGGACGAGCAAUGAAAGCGAUGCUAGCAGCAACAGCAGCAGUAGUAGGGUUAGCAAUGCAGGGCCAAGGGUUCUGUUGCGGAACGUCACGCUGGUUAUGGCGGGUGAUGAGUUGUCGUACUUGAUCUCCUGGCUGAAAGCUUAUAAGGAUAAGCCGACGACGCUGGACUCGGAUCAAGUGGCAUGGCUGCAGGGCAUCGUGCGGGAUGCCAAGUUGCAGUCCCUCGCCCUGAGUACCCUUGCCUUGGCGCGAUUCCGCAUCUGGGACAUCAACGCCACCAACCUGCGGCUUACCUCGGUAGCCCCUGUUGGAUUCACGCUGGUUCAGCCCAUCAUCGGCCUCUCCCACUUCUCCUCCACGCCCCUGGAGCCCUACCCGCAGAUCGUGGUCCUGAACUCCAGCGCGGGCCUGGCGGCCGUGCUCAACGCCUCCACCGGCAGCCUCGUCUCCCCGGGUAACACCGCCUACACCGCCUACCCUGGAGUGCCCACCCAAGCCGCCGUCUCGCUGCUAGCCAACGCCACCACCACCACCUCCACAGCCGCGUCCCUCUCCGCUACUUCCGCAAUAACGACAACCACCGCUUCCACCACCAGUGCUUCCUCCUCCUCGUCAACUAAUGUCACCACGCGCGUCACCGCAUACUACGCGCCCGUGCCGUACGGAAAUGUGGUCCUCAAACGCAGCUACGUGCUCGGGUCACAGCUCUUCUUCCAUCCUUACCCUCAAAACACCACCAACGCCACCACCAGCACUAACAGCAGCAGCAGCACCGCCACUAGUACAGCAUCCUCCUGUUCCUUCUCACCCGCCGACCCCCCUGCCGUCCUGGACUUUGGCGGCGCGCGCAGCACCUGGGCCUCCUUCGCCUCCUCUGGGCUGUGGCUGGCGCUGCGCAACCUGACACUGAUAGGCCUGGACUCGCCUGCUCGCUGGCCUGCCGCAUCUCCGCGCCUGGUGCGCUGCCUGGACCUGCCGCUGUGGGCGCUGCAGGCGGAGCGGCUGCCCUCGCUGGCCGGGGAGCCUCCCGCGCUGAGGCUGGCGGGGGUCACGCUGAGCGUGUCUAGCCAGGAGCUGGCGCUGUGGGCGGCGUGCUAUGAGGUUCUGACGGCGAAUGGAACAUCGUCAUCAGCCAACAGCUCUUCUUCCCAGGCCAGCGGCUUUACCCAGGAGUUGGAAGUCGCUUGCGAAAGCCUGGGGUUGCGGUCCUUUGUGGCUAAGAUGGAGGGCGCCCAUGCGUUCAAGAUCUAUCUUUUGGAGGGCAUGGGGAUGCAGAUCAAGGAUUCCGUCCUGCGAGAUGACAUCUUGCCGUACCACCGGUACGACAUUGCUGAUUUGCUACCAGGUCUUUCGCCUAGAUCUUUAUCACCACCAAGCCCAAGCUCGGUAGACACGCAAUCUUCCGGUCGGAGCCGGAAAUGGGUCAUCCCGCUCGCGGUAAUUGUCAUCAUGGUAUUCCUAGCCACUGCCGCAAUCAUUUACGUCUACAUUCGGAGCCGAAGGGGCCUGGAAAAGGACGGACCGUAUGUGAAUGUCCACAUGACCAAGAUGAUGAAUGAUACGGGCUUGCGAUCGUACGCAAUGGAGGGGUUGGAGAAGCGAAGUUCACGGCGGCCGGCUGGCAGUGACCCAUGGGACACGGGACGCAGCCGGAGCGUGAGCCGGCUGAGGUUGCCAGGCCUUCUAUCACGGAGCCGCAGCACCCGGCCGGGUCCUGGAGACGGCGACGAAGGCGACCAGGCGGCUCCCGUUCGGACUGUUACCGGGGAGGAUCAGCAGCUCGGCAGUGAGCGAGGGGGCCCGGUGGAGGCUGGAAGCGCUGCGAGCGCUAGGCACAGGCCGGGGCAGGCCGGUUCGGACGCCAGCAGAGGUAGCGGCAUGGUGCACAUGGGCGGCAGCGGAAACACCGCACCGGUGUUUAACCCCGUACGCGCGUCGGGGACUGUGGCUGCAGUCGCCGGGGUGGGGGCGGGAGGGGUGGAAAUGUCGUACGGCAUGCCGUGUCGGCAGAGCGGGACUGCAAACAUUGGCGUUGCGGGUAGCGCUGUCGCUUGUGAGGAUGGCGUGGGCGGUGGUGGAGAUGCUGUCGGCGGCAGCGGUGGAUGGGAGUACAGCAUGUACAAUGCCACCGCCGAUGUGGCUAAGCCAGACUUCAAUGACGGAACCUGGCAGCAGCAACAGCUACAGUUGCAGCAGUUUGUGGGAACAAUGGUGGGUCACAUGUGCGCCGCAGGGUGCCCAACGCAGCAGCAGCAGCCUAUGAUGCCGCACGCUAUGAUGACGACUGCGGACAUGGAGGGCGAAGGCGUAAUGAUCAUGGCCAUGCCGGCAGACACGGCGACAGCAGUACGGCAAGCCGCCGCGGCACCACUUCUGGGCGCUGGUGCGCCUCCUCCGCCGGGAACCCCCGCGACAGCAUUGCUAGCCACCGACGCAUCGUACGGUGGUAGCAUGCCGCCUGAUCCGCUCUUAACCACACAAGGUCAUGGGACUACUUGUGGUGGUUCAACCUUUAUCGACUCUUCGUUGGCCGGAAACGUCCUUGAGUCGGCGUCCUUCAACCCGGCACAGCUGCAGGCCGCAGGUCAACAGCGAAUGGUGGACAUGGCUGCGACGUUUGCCCUGCCUGCAAGCGGCGGCGGCAGUGGCAGUGGCGGCGGCUGCGCUGCUGCAUCCCUGGAGCAGGAUGGCUCCGCCGGAAGGCCGAGCAGCCAGCACGGCGCCUUUGGAGGCAGCUCGCCAUUAGUUAACGCCAUCCGGCAGCUCACAAGAUCCGCAUCUUCAAACGCCGCCAUCGUGAGUCACCGUUCGGCGCCGCUCAUGCAGCCGCCGCUGUCACAGUCACGCCUGCAGCCCCAACCGCAACGCUCAUUGCUUGGUCAGGAGGGCGCCCGGUCCGCAGGACAUAGCCCACAUGCGAUCUGCGUUCCUGGCGGUGGCGGCGAUAGGCCCAGCGUGGUAACGUUUUCCGUCACCAAGCGUUCCCUAAAGUUGGUGGAAGGUGGAGCUGUGGCGACCGACCCACGGUUCGCCACCGCUGCCGUGGCAGGCGUCGGGAACUCAGGGGAAUCUGGCCAUUCAAUGGCCAGCCAAGGCAGCCCACGCCAUGGCUCGCCGGGGGGAACGGGUGAAGUCAGUCGAUCAGCCAUGCCUAGUCCGCAGCCAAGUUGGCCGCAGCAGCACCAGUACCAUUCCGGAUCCAGCGGUGGUUUUGUGGAACAUGCGCACGACCUAGCAGGAGGCUUGUGCACAGCAGCAGCCCUCGAUGCCGCCGGCUCCGGCGGCGGCACAACAGCAGGCUCGCAUCACCGGCUGCCGCCCCCUGCGUCCCCAACAACUCCGUUAUUUUCUCGUACGGCAUCUACGAAAGCGACUUCACAUGGUGGUUCGGCAGGCAGGAUGCACGGAGGGAGCAGCAGCGGUGGCGGCGGCAGCCGUGCAACGCCUACGUUGCGGCCAACCAUGGCGGGGGACUAUACGACAUCUACGGCGUCAGAUCCUACAGCCGUGGCGAACGCGGGCCAGCUCGCGAGCCCGCGACCCAUGGGACGGCGAACCGGUUUCCAGGCGAACUCCUCCAUGUCCCGGCUGAGUGAGGCGACCUGGGGCCGCUCCGACAGCUCCCGCAGCACUGCCCUGCUGGACGGCGUCCUUGGAGGCGGCAGCGGCGGCAGCAUCACUGGCGUCGCUGCCGCCACCGCUGUCGUCGCGGGGCCGUCUGCCGGUGGCGGACCCAAUGCCCACGCCGCCGACGCCGCUGCCCACACCGGCAGCGGCAGUGGCGGUGCAGGCGGCGGCGGCACAUCUGGCGGCGGCGGUACUGUCUCCAAGCCCGGCUUUGGGAAGCUGCUUGUGGGCUCGUUAAGCACCCUGUUCCGAGUGGACAACCUCACCGUCGGUCUCCAGAAGAACUCCUCACCACCGCCCAGCCUUACUCCCAGCGGAGGCAGCGGAACCAGCGGCGCCCCCUCCGGCAGGUACCAUCGUGCAGAAUCCGGCCCGUCCCGCGCCAAUGCCGGCGGCAACGCCGGCCAGGGAUCCACAGCAACGGGUACGACAGUGCGAGCCGGACGAACGAGCGUGAACGGGCCCAAUGCGGGCGGCGCUGGGGCCAGUGGCGGCGGCGGCGGCGCUGGGAGUGCUGGCCGUGUGAGCACGGGUCCAGCUGGGCUGGGUGCCACUCUUACGGAGCUGAGUGCGGACAUGGAGCGGAGUGUGAAUGAGAACCAGCUGGUGAUUCAACAGCCGCUGGGGGCGGGAGCCUUUGGAACGGUCUAUAAAGCGCUGUGGAAGGGGCUGCCUGUCGCCGUCAAGACCAUGACGCUCACCUCGGACGCCGUCACGCAGGGCCGCCACGCAGCGCUGGUGGAGGCGGCGCUGUCAAAGUCCAUCUACCACGCCAACGUGGUGACCACCUACACGUGCGACCUGAAGCCCAUGCACGUGGACAGCCACCGGGGCGGCGCCAUGACGGGGCUGCACAUCACCAACGAAACGGAGGUCAUUCAGGAGUGGAGGCUGUACAUCGUGCAGGAGUACUGCGACGGUGGCAGCCUGCGCCAUGCCAUCGAGGCACGCUCCUUCCUCAACCCAGCCACCGGCUCACCGCAGCUGGAGUGGGUGCUGCAGAUGGCUCGAGAGGUGGCUAGCGGGCUGCAGUACCUGCACGAGCACAACAUCAUCCACGGAGACCUCAACCCCGCCAAUGUGCUGCUGAAGCACGACGACGGCAGCGUGCUGGGCUACACCGCCAAGAUAGCGGACUUCGGGCUGUCGGUGCACAUGCAGGCGGAGCAGAGCCAUGUGUCCAACACCAAGCGGGGAACGCCCUUCUACACCGCACCUGAAGUCACCCACGCCGGCAACCUGACCCGCUUCGCCGACGUCUUCUCGUACGGCGUGUUGCUCUGGGAGCUGUACUGCAGCCGCUCCUGCUGGACGUACGGGCCGCAGGGCCGGUUGGUGCAGCAGCGCGGCUUCCCGCACCUGCCGCCCACCUGCCCGCGCAGCUUCGCACAGCUGGUCAGCGCCUGCAUGCAGCCGGCGCACAAGCAGCGACCCACCUUCAAACAGAUCGGGCAACAGCUGGAAGGUAUGCUUCGGGACUGUGAGCGUGCGGCUGUCGGAGGAACGGGUGAUUGGACUGUCGCAUCAGGCAGCGGUAUGGAAUGGAGGUCCGAGGACGGCAGGCGGCCAAUGCCAGCGCAGCCGCCGCCGCCGCAGCACCAGCACCAGCAGCAAGCGUGGCAAGGGCCGCAGCAACAUCAGUCGCCAUUGCGACUGACGCAUAGCAUGGCGACGCUGAAUCCUGCAGCAGCAGCGGCGGCUGGUGCCAACAGCGGUAGUGGCGGCGGAGAACACCUAAGGGCUGAGCGAUCCAGCAGCGGCCCAGUAGGCCACGGCUACGUCCGUGACAGCGGCGCAGUGCUGAAUCGUGCACACUCCACAUGCGCUGCCGCCGGUGCCGCCGCCGCUGCUGCCACCGCCGUUGCGGAAUUCCCAGUUCCACCCAACAUGGGUGCUACGUCAGGAGCCGCCGCCAUGCCGCCCGCUGCUCCGUACGUCCAGGUUGUUUCCCCAGUCGUGGCUGCCACGGCGGUGACGGGUGUGGAGUCAAUCCCAGCCGGCACACCCAACACAAGCGGCGCAGCGUUCUUGGGCAGCUGCAGCGAUGCAGUUGCCGCUGCUGCUGCCGCAGCGCCCGUUGCAGCCGCCGUCGGAGCUUUUGCGGGGGGUCGGAGCUAUGCAGCAGUGGUGGCAGCGCCGUCACUGCCGCUCCCAGUUGCGGCUGUUGCUGUUGAGUCCACGCGGCAUAAUGAAAGCAGCGGCAGUGGCGGUAGCGGCGGCGGCUCCUCGCUAGCUACUCCCUGCCAGCAAGACACUCCAGUGCUAGGCCAACCGCCACAGCUGCCGCAACCGGCGGCGGCCCAGCAGCCAUCGGAGGCAGCCCCUGCAGCAACUGGUACGGCAACGCUGGCCACCAUACCGGCCUGUGCUCUACCUCCUUUGGGUGCAGCAGCCGUGGAAGAAGAGCCUGCCGCUGCCGCUGUGGCAAUGGAAGCUGGGCCGACGGGGCAGCAGGUGGACGCAAGCCGGGGUGCCACAUACAGUGAACAGGCAGGCCAGGCAGGGGAGGUGAAGGAACAGGUGAAGGUCGCAAGUGCUGCUGCUACAGGUGAGGCUGGUAUGGCGUCAGCAGCGUCCGUAGAUUCAGCGGCAGCGGCGCCGUCGGUGGCAGCGGGGGCGGUGGGUGUGGCUGUGGAUCCCUUUUUGGCUGCAGACUUGCUCAUUUCACCGGCCACGUCUGUCCUCGUAGCAGCUCUGCAUGCGGAUGACGAGCCCAAGAACCAAGAACAUGCCACGGACACGACGCUGCCAGCUGGAGGUGCGGCUCCUGCUGAGAUUACGGCCCCCAGCGGCUCUGCUAACGUAACCUCAGCUCCUCUUGGCGACAGUGCCACUUCUCGUACGGCUGCCGUGAAGGAUACGACGGACGCCAGCCCUGCUGCAGCUGCCGCCGCCACUGCCAAUGCUGGCGUGGUCGCCGCCGUCGCCUCCGUCGCAGCCCCGCCUCCGGCUGCUGCUGCUGGUGCCCAUAGCGGUGGUGGCGGAUCCUCCGGCGGUACGAGUGGCGGCAGCAGUGGCAGCAGCAGCGGCAGCAAUGGAGCUCCCGGCGCGUUUGCUAAUGUGAUGCGGGCGUUCGAGAUCCCAUCAGAGGUGCCUCGUUUCGGCCGACCUGACCUACCCACAGUCCAUGAGUCCGACGGUGAGGAAGCCGCAACGGAGGAUGGGGUUGCGACAAAGGCACUGCUCCCGGCAUAUGCGCAGCUUAAGAGCGCCAGCAACAGCCGCGCUGGAGUCCAGAAGAAAGGCGAAUUAGCGGCAGCUUUGGGGGGGGUGCAGGAAAGCGCAGGCGCGGCCGCGGCUUCCGCCGAGACUGCCGAGGUUGCUGCCCCUAACCGCAAGCCAUCGCCGCCACCGGGCUCUGCGACAGCUGUAUGCGGCAGCUCCGCCGUGCCCAACUUUUCGCGCUCGAGCUUCAAGGACGUCACAGCUGGGGUCACGUUCGGUCCGUGGUCCUCCCUGAGGCGCUCAAGCCUGCGCCGCUCCUCCACUGGGCCGCUGAGCAGGUUGUCGUACGGCAGUGUUCCGUACUCUGGAGGUUUAGCGCCUCGUGCUCCUUCAAACUCCAGGACCUUGCAAAGGCGCAGCGUGGAUGCUCCCGGGAUGACUUUUUACAGCAGCGUGGCCCCCGGCGCGGCGCCUGCUGUGCCGCCGCAGUCCAGCAGCAGCUCAGCACGGUCAGGAGGUGGGAGAGUGCCGGGUUUCAACCCCUCGCAAGCCGGUACUUCGUCACAGUUUGCGCGACACAGUCUGACCGCAAGGAUGCCAGCGGCUACGGCUGCUGGAUCCUCUUCGGCAUCAUCUACGGCACGACCUCCACCGUUCGCUCGCGCCAGCAUGCCAUCAAUCAUUUCCGCUUCUGCUACCGCGGCUCCUGCAGCAGCGGGGCCAGCGGCAGCUUCGCCGUUUGCACGGUCGAGUGUAAGUGCAGCUCCUAUCGCGCCCGCCCCUGCGGCAUCGAGGACGGCAUCAGCGUCGCCGUUUGCGCGAGCUAGCCUAACCGCGCCGCCUGCCGCCGUGCCAGCAGCAGCAGCGGCGGCGGCGCCAUCCCCAUUCGCUCGACAAAGCCUCGCUGCUCCUUCCCCAGUCCCUGAGGAAGUGCCCUUAUCGGCCGCUGCGAUGCCUGCUAUGGCUGGUCCUUCUGGCUUACCCACCGCUGCCGCGUCCUCAGCGGGUCGCUUUGCGCGGGCCAGCCUAGUAGAAUGCAGCCUGCCGCCAAGCAGCAGCACGGUAACCGGGACGGACUACACGUACCAGCAGCCAGCUCCUGCCGCUGUUCCGGCAAAGCAGGCGCCUGGAACCAGCCCUUUUGCUCGGCCAUCACUGGGCUCACUGGCGACCUCAGGCGGUGCCCUUGCGCAGCAGCUGCAGGCACCGCCGCCGCCUGCGCUGAUUGACCCGGGGGUCAGUCGCUUCGCGCGAGCCAGUCUUGGGGUUCAGCCGACAGCGGCCUUGGUUGAGGCUAGCCAACAGUCCUACAGCAAUCCCUAUCAACCCUUUCACCCACAGGCGUACCAACAGCAACAGCAGCCGUACCAACAGCAACAGCAGCCGUACCAAAUGCAGCAGCAGCCGUACCAACAGCAGCAGCAACCGUACCAACAGCUUGCCUACCAACCGCAGCAACCCUACCAGCAGCCGAUGUACUACCCGCAGCCAUACCAUUCAGGCAUGGGAAUUCCUGCCGUGCCUUCUUCGACCGCAUCAAACCCUGGCAGGUCUCCCUUCGUGCGGCCCAGCAUGGGCGAGCCAACUAUCGAUACUGGCGCAGCCUACUCAAUGACAGCCUCUUCCAUGCUGCUCGCACCUGCUGCUGCGGCGCCAGGGCCCACGGCCGGUGGUCCCUUCUGCCGCCCCAGCAUGGGAGCUCCCUUGCAAGGCCCCGAGACAGGCUCCACGCCGAUGCUUGUGGGACCCACGCUUCCAGCUCUCCCGUCCAUGGCGCCGGGAACUGGAGCCGCAGCAGCGCCCUACUAUCAACAGCCCCAUGCUUACCACAUGGCUUCUCAGCAGCACAUGCCAGCACACAACUGGCCCAGCGGUCCCGCUGUCGCUUCAGCUGCUGCCGCUGGCCCCAUAAUUGGAAGCUACCAGGCUACCGCCUCAACUAUAGCUGCUGCGGCGGCGGCUGCGAUGCAGCAGCCGGCUGGAACUGGCUCUGCUAGCUUCGUUCCAGAAGUCGCAGUAGCGGGUGCUGUCGGUACUGCUGCUGCUGCUGCUGCUAUGGAGCCCGAGGCCACCGCUGCCGUCGGCUCGGCUUACGCGUACCAGCCAAGCCAGCAGCCAGGCACCUCCACGUCGGCGUCCAUGGGGCAGCUGCCUCAACAGGCGUGGGCUACAUCUGCUAUGCAAAGCGGGCCUCCAGCACAGCAGCCGACGCAGUAUCCGCAAUACUUGAUGCAACUGCAUCCGCAGCAGAUGUCCUACAGUGCGCCUCAGGUGUUGCUGCAACAGCAGCCCAGAGCGGCCCCUGGACCCAUGGGUCAGUCGGGUGACAGCGGCAGCUCCUUCGCCGCGACGGCUGUUCAGCGGCCCGGCGCUGCUGUAGACCAACCAGCUGCAGCGGCGGCUCAGGGAUCGCAGUAUGCCGGAGUGUUUGGUUCGCCAGUGCUUACACCUCUUGCUCCGGAUGGCUCCUCAUCCAUUCCCGGCGGCGUCCAUGCCCCUGUCCGGCCCUUAACGUGUCCAGAGGCCCCCGACUUUGCCCGCAGCCUCCAGCGCAGGAACAGCAGCCCCUUAUCAAUGGUCAGCACCGCCACCGACGCUGGUGCUAUCGGCCGCCGAGAGCCCGGAACCGCCGCCGCCGGAGUUGCAUCGUCGUACGGAAUGCCUUCGAACACCAAAGGAGCCAUUAACAUCCCUGCUCCCCGCAGCUCUGGGUCAGCUGGCGGUGUAGCCACGUCGUUCAACCCAUCUAGCCCCAUGCCCAUUCGCGGGUCUGUGAGAUCCGGAGGAUCGGUUGGUGCGAUGGGCGGCGGCGGCGGCAGCGGCACCUCAUGGCAUGCUGGCGCACAUUUGCGUCUCGGAGGCUCUCAGGGACCCCAAUCGUACGGCAGCUAUGGCGGCGGCGGC